AUGGUGAAAGAAAGCAAUACAAAUGCUAUGGAUUGCAAUUCAUAUUCCGAAUUAAUGCAUUUAUGGGGUAUCGAUCGUAUAGAUUCUAAGCGUGGCUUCUCAUGGAAAGUUAUAUUCGACCGAUUUUUUUCCAAAUUUCAUUACGAUAAAUUUGCAUCAGAUGUAAGUGCUGAUGAAAUGGCACACACGGUGGAAUUGGCUGAAAGAAUGGCUAAUUUUGUAUUGGAAGAUGAAUGCAAGAAAGAAUGCAAUGAUCAUGAAUGCGAGUUACAAAAUUGA